CACCAUGGUUAAGAAAAAGGUCAAAAGCAAGCGCCAGAGCUUGGGUCUCAAGUACAGAAUCAAAAAUAAUAUCAAGGAGUAUAAACGAAAGCAGAACCGAUUAGCCAAAAAGAACCCUCCUUCAAAGAAAUCAAAGAAGGAUCCUGGCAUUCCCAACUCUUGGCCUUUCAAAGAAGAGCUUUUGAACCAAAUUGAACAAGAGCGUCAAGCAGUAUGUGUUCUUUUUACUUGAUUCGAGCGGCCAUUCAUAUUUAGAUUUUGUGCCAAUUCUUUGCCAAUUAUUACGAACCUAGGUUGCAGAGGAAAAGCAAAAGCAAAAGACUGCUCGUCAAGCUGCAAAGAGAAAGCAAAAGAAAAAGGAACAGUUCGAGCAACGACGAUUGCAGCAGAAGCAGCAAAAAGAAGAAGAAGAGGAUGACGACGACAACGACGAACAGGACGUUGAUGAAGAAGUAGAGGACGCUACUAGUGAAUAAGUUUAAUUUGUUUCCUCUUUCCCCGGCACUUUGUAAAUAUGUACCAACGACGCAUACAUUGUUUUUUUUUCUCUCUCUAUUAUUAUCGUUUAUUGUCUUAUUGAUUGCAUAAAAUACCAUAAAAUCCAAAACUGUUCAUUUUGUACUUCAAAA